AUGGUAACUGUGCUGCCCCGCAAUGACACGGCAGUACCCUCCACCAAGGACUUGCACGCGGGGGAGCUGCCCCUGGCCGGGAGAAUGAGCAAAAAUCCCAGGGAGGAAGACCAGAGGUUGGGACUAAGGGUUCUCGGACCAGCAGUGACCUUCAAAGUGAGCGCCAAUGUCCAGAACGUGACCACUGCGGAUGUGGAGAAGGCCACAGUUGACAACAAAGACAAACUGGAGGAAACCUCUGGACUGAAAAUUCUUCAAACCGGAGUCGGGUCGAAAAGCAAACUCAAGUUCCUGCCUCCUCAGGUGGAGCAAGAAGACUCGACCAAGUUCAUCGCACUCACCCUGGUCUCCCUCGCCUGCAUCCUGGGCGUCCUCCUGGCCUCUGGCCUGGUCUACUGCCUACGCCAUAGCUCUCAGCACAGGCUGAAGGAGAAGCUCUCGGGACUAGGGCGCGACCCGGGCGCAGAUGCCACCGCCGCCUACCAGGAGCUGUGCCGCCAGCGUAUGGCCACGCGGCCACCAGACCGACCCGAGGGCCCACACACAUCCCGCAUCAGCAGUGUCUCGUCCCAGUUCAGCGACGGGCCGAUGCCCAGCCCCUCUGCACGCAGCAGCGCCUCAUCCUGGUCCGAGGAGCCCGUGCAGUCCAACAUGGACAUCUCCACUGGCCACAUGAUCCUGUCCUACAUGGAGGACCACCUGAAGAACAAGAACCGGCUGGAGAAGGAGUGGGAGGCGCUGUGUGCCUACCAGGCGGAGCCCAACAGCUCGCUCGUGGCCCAGAAGGAGGAGAACGUGCCCAAGAACCGCUCCCUGGCCGUGCUGACCUAUGACCACUCCCGGGUCCUGCUGAAGGUGGAGAACAGCCACAGCCACUCGGACUACAUCAACGCCAGCCCAAUCAUGGAUCACGACCCGAGGAACCCCGCGUACAUCGCCACCCAGGGACCGCUGCCCGCCACCGUGGCUGACUUUUGGCAGAUGGUGUGGGAGAGUGGCUGCGUGGUGAUCGUCAUGCUGACGCCCCUCACGGAGAACGGCGUCCGGCAGUGCUACCACUACUGGCCAGAUGAAGGCUCCAACCUCUACCACAUCUAUGAGGUGAACCUGGUCUCCGAGCACAUCUGGUGUGAGGACUUUCUGGUGAGAAGCUUCUAUCUGAAGAACCUGCAGACCAACGAGACGCGCACCGUGACCCAGUUCCACUUCCUGAGUUGGUAUGACCGAGGAGUCCCCUCCUCCUCAAGAUCCCUCCUGGACUUCCGCAGAAAAGUAAACAAGUGCUACAGGGGCCGUUCUUGUCCAAUAAUUGUUCAUUGCAGCGACGGUGCAGGCCGGAGCGGCACCUACGUCCUGAUCGACAUGGUUCUCAACAAGAUGGCCAAAGGUGCUAAAGAGAUUGAUAUCGCAGCAACCCUGGAGCACUUGAGGGACCAGAGACCCGGCAUGGUCCAGACGAAGGAGCAGUUUGAGUUUGCGCUGACAGCCGUGGCUGAAGAGGUGAACGCCAUCCUCAAGGCCCUUCCCCAGUGAGCGGCGGCCUCGGGGCCUCGGGGGAGCCCCCACCCCACGGAUGUCGUCAGGAAUCGUGAUCUGACUUUAAUUGUGUCUCUUCUAUUAUAACUGCAUAGUAAUAGGGCCCUUAGCUCUCCCGUAGUCAGCGCAGUUUAGCAAUUAAAAUGUGUAUUUUUGUUUAAUCAAACAAUAAUAAAGAGAGAUUUGUGGAAAAAUCCA